GGCUGCAGUGAGGGGCCCCGGGAAUUGCCCCGCAGGGCCUCUCGCCUCUUGGUGUCCGACUCGGAGUCAGUUCCCUUCUCCUCUCGGCUUCCCGGAACCUGCCCGGACGGGCGAGGGGAGAGACGGCAACUUGGGUCUCGGCGAGGGAGCCCCAGCGCAGACGCUCUAGCUCCCAGGCCUGGCGGCCCUCUGUGGACCUGGACUUGGGUGUGGGUCGGGGCCCGAGUCCGGGUUGAGGUGGGAAUCCCCCCCGCCGGGCCGGUGGAGUGGCGGGAAUAGGGGCGGGGUGUGACCGCGGGGGCUGCCACUGCCCCGGGGGUCUGGACGUCGCCCUAGAUGGUUUCUGGAGCCGGCCUGGAGUGGAGCCCCAGCCAUGGCUGCCAUUCGAAAGAAGCUGGUGAUCGUGGGGGAUGGGGCCUGUGGGAAGACCUGCCUCCUCAUCGUCUUCAGCAAGGAUCAAUUCCCAGAAGUCUAUGUCCCUACUGUCUUUGAGAACUACAUCGCAGACAUAGAGGUGGACGGCAAGCAGGUGGAGCUGGCUCUGUGGGACACAGCAGGGCAGGAAGACUAUGAUCGCCUGCGGCCUCUCUCCUACCCGGACACUGACGUCAUCCUCAUGUGCUUCUCCAUCGACAGCCCCGACAGCCUGGAAAACAUUCCUGAGAAGUGGACCCCGGAGGUGAAGCACUUCUGCCCCAACGUGCCCAUCAUCCUAGUGGGGAAUAAGAAGGACCUGAGGCAAGACGAACAUACCCGGAGAGAGCUGGCCAAGAUGAAGCAGGAGCCUGUUCGAUCUGAGGAAGGCCGGGACAUGGCAAACCGGAUCAGUGCCUUUGGCUACCUUGAGUGCUCAGCCAAGACCAAGGAGGGGGUGCGGGAGGUGUUUGAGAUGGCCACUCGGGCUGGCCUCCAGGUCCGCAAGAAUAAGCGCCGGAGGGGCUGCCCCAUUCUCUGAGACCCCCAAGGCCUCCCCUCCUCCCCCACCUCCCUUCACAGGGGUGCAGAAACUCCCCCUGCCCCCAGCAGCCCCACCCUAUUAGGGAUCCCUGCUGAAGGCUCCCUUUCCCAAUUCCCUCCUGCCCAGGACUGCAUCGCGCUUCCCCAGCCCUGAUGGCGGUGGCCGUAGGCCCCGUCUCAGCACUCUGGGAACCAGAGCACAGUCCCUCCUCCUGUUGCCUUGGUCCAGGGGUGGGGCUCUUGAUCCCUUUGGCCUUCCCCAGAGGAUCAUCACACCAGCACUUUAUACACUUCUGGCUCACAGGAGAGUAUCUGGGGUAGGGGACUUGGAGGGUGUAACCCAGAGUCCCGGGCCCCUGGUGUUUCUGCUUUGGGCAGGGGCCUUGCAUCUGGCUGUACUUGGUGUGGGGCAUGAAUAAAGGCCACAGGCUCCAA